AUGUGGAAACGACCUCUUCUGGCAGAGAAGAUGGGCCAGAAGGUCUCCCAGGAGGACAGCCAGGAGAACAAGGCUGAAACUCUGGUCAUCUGUGAAGUCUUCAGCCAGGGUGUGCUCCAUGCAUCUCAGAGGCUGCAGGACUACCUCGGUUUUGUGGAUCCUCAAAGCAAAUUCCAGCCUGCCACGAACACGCUGAGCGAGAUCUUCCUGGUCAACUUCAUCAACUUCUGCGUGGGGAAGAGCAUGGAGGAGCAGAUCACGACCAGCAAAAUGACCAAGCAGCAGUCCUCCCUGUUUGGAGUGGACUGGAUCUGGACUCUCUGUGGCUCUGACAAGCAGAUCAAGCUCCAGAUCGCCGUGCAGGCUUUGCAGCUGGCCGAGCUCUUCCACGGCGAGGGCGCUGCCGAGGAUUGCUGCCGGGAGGCCGCGCUGGCCGACGAGCGCUUCCAGAACAUGAGCAGGUUUGAGAAGCUGGCCGAGUUCUGCCGCCUGGUGGGACGGGACUGCCUGGGCUUGUUCGUGGUGUUCGGCGUGCCAGGGAAGCCCAAGGACAUCCGAGGAGUCUUGCUGGACAACGUUGCCAGGGAGGAGCAAAAAUACCGCCUGUCGGGCAGGAAUGCGCUGCGGCAAUUUGUCACCAGCACUGACAGCUCCCUGCCCACAAAAGUCAUGCUGGAAAACUGCCUGGGCACCAAAAACGGGCUGAAGGAUGUGGGCAACGUGUACAUAAACUUCGUGUGAGCAGCUGGGCAGGAGCAGUGGCUCCGUGCAGCACCGGGGGCCGCGCGGGGCUCAGCUCUGCUCCUCUCUCCUUCCUCCCCACACUCCAUUCCCUCCAUCUUCCCCUCGA